AUGAACACAGCUCCCCCUGCAGGAAGCGCCCUGGCAACGCCCGCCGGAACAGCUGGCCCCACCACCCCCAAGAAGGGACCCCCCAAGUUCAAGCAGAGGCAAACCCGUACAUUCAAGAGCAAGGCCCCCAAGCCUGGCCAGAAAGGAUUUGGUGAUGACAUCCCAGGCAUGGAGGGUCUUGGCACAGACAUAGCAGUGGUCUGCCCAUGGGAGGCCUACGGCGACAUGGAGCUCAGUGAUCUGGCCAAAUAUGGAAUCAUCUAA